AUGCUAAACUACCCGUUUUUACUGUAUUUUGGAUUAAUCCUGUCCUGUGUUGUUCUGUGUUCGGCAGGUUAUUUGACCGUCUCCAUUGAGCCUCUUCCUCCUACAGUCAUUGGAGACACAGUCACGCUCAAGUGCAACUUCCAAACAGAUGGAAACCUCCGAGAGAUUGUGUGGUUUCAGGUCAUGGAAGGAGGCAACGCCAAGCAAAAAAUUUUCACCUAUGAUGCCAUGUACAACACCAGUUACACCCACAUGGAAGACGGGCACAGACGAGAGGAUCUGGUGUACCAGUCAACAGUCAGACUUCCAGAGGUAAAGAUGGAUGAUGAUGGCCUGUAUGAGUGCCACGUGGGCAUCUAUGACAGGAGUUCCAGAGACAAAGUGAUUCUAGCAUCCAGCAGCAUCACGCUCACUGUCAUCGUACCUCCCAAGUCUAUCUCCGUGGAGGUGGCCAACAGCCCAGCUCCAUUCAGCCGUUACGAAGCCCAGAACUUCACUCUGGUCUGCACUGUUAAAGGAGCAAAGCCAGCUCCUGUGGUGUACUUCAAACGGGAUGGCGAGCUCAUCGAUGUGUUUCCAGCAGUCCAGUCUUCAUCCUCAGUGGGAUAUCAAAACAAGGGCUCUGGUCCAGACAAGACCUCGGCAAGGAGUCCGGCAGGACUGUGGAGUUCCCAAGUUCUCACCAAGGCAGAUCUUGAUGACACCAAACUCCAAAAGUCCCAGUCCCUUCUGGAGCAAGAGGAGAAGUCUACCCAGCUCAGCCAAAAUGGCCCAGAUGCCCUCCAACAAGAGGAAGAGGAAGAGUCCAAGUUAAAGCCUGAACCAACCACAGAGGUGAUUCCUGAGACAGUCGUGAGCCGAGAGUUUCCUCGUUGGGUCCAAAGCAGUGACCCACUCUACUACUUCCAGCACUGGCAGCAGGCAACAGGUGAUGGUACCAUGGAGGUGAAAGCGAUGCUGACCUGGAGCCUCAACCCCCAACUGGACAAUGAGGCUCUGUUCAGCUGUGAGGUCAAGCACCCAGCUCUGUCCAUGCCCAUGCAGGCCGAGGUCACACUUGCUGCUCCCAGAGGACCAAAGUUAACCAUGACGCCCAGUAAGGCCAAAGUGGGAGACACAGUGCGAAUCACUGUCCAGGGCUUCCAGCUUGGACCUUCUGCAACUGAGGUCUUCCCUGAGCCCAUGUUCACCUGGACCAGGGUCGGUGGGAGUUUGCUGGAUGGCACAGAGAAGCACGAUGGGAGGGAGCUGGUGCUGGAGAGGGUUCCUGCUGAGCUCAAUGGGUCCAUGUUCCGCUGCACAGCACAGAACCCACUGGGCUCCACAGACACACAUACCCGCCUCAUUGUGUUUGAUAACCCAAGGCUGAAAAAAGAGAAAGAGCAUUAUGUAGCCAUCAACGCAGGUGCCCGGCAACACUCCAUCCUGUUAAAGUCCAUCCUGCUGCUGCUGAGACUCACCUGCGAGCUGACAUGACCCGAGACUCUGCAGAUCCCAAACCAGCACUGUACCCCACCUGCUAGUAGUUGAACCUCCAUCAGGAGAAAAGACACUUAUCGCUGAUCCAGCAUCAGACUCUGGGGCCCCCACAUGCUGAGAUGCUAUUGGAGGAUGAUGAUCCUGCUUGUGUAAGGUCUGGCCAAUCAGCAUAACCAGAUCUCAUGCUGAUCCUAGACCAGAUGGCUCCUCCUGUGGCGUCUAUAAAAUGAGAGGUUUCAUUUCCUGAACCGUGACGGUCUCAUCACUGCUUCUCUCCACAGUCUCAGAACACCACGACAAAGUUCUUCUUCUUUUGCUCCUCUGAUGUGCACAGAUACUGAAGCAGGAUUAUUUACCCUUUUUACUUCAGGGGCCAGAUGCAUAUAUCAUGUGUACACCCAAAAACCCUUUAGACCUUUUUCUCCACACACACUGGGAUUUUUAAAGUAAGUAUGGGGAAAAGGUGCACACAUCAUGCAUUGCUCAAGCUGUGCAUACACCCAUUUUAGGAGAAUUUAAGCUUGAUGUGAUGAGCUGGAGGCAUCAGAAACAAUACAGCAGAAUUUGCUCCUUUGUAUGAUAAUGCUAUUUUCUGACUUUGAUUCUUAUUAUAUUUUAUAAUAUAGACUUUAAUUAUGGUGGCUUUAAAUAGCUGCAGCUGUGUGUAACAGUCUUUAUGAGGAUGGCAACUCUGAAGUUGAAAAAUGUCACCAAGGAGACACUGAGAAGAAAUAUGUAGACAUUGUUCUGGUGAUGGUCAGCUCAUGUGCUGCUUAAGGCUUCCAAAAACUCUUUUUAUGAAACAGCCAACAUACCAUUAUACAGUAUUUACAUCUGCACCUACCUCCUGAUGAUUCAACACACACAGAAAGGCUUAGGUUUAUUUCUAAAGAUGACAGACACCUGAACCCAAACUAGGAGUUGCAGCCAAAGGUUUUGUCUCUGAAGGGUCCUUUACUCUGAACCCAUCUCUCCUUAUACAGUUUUUUUUCCUUACUGCUGCUUAAUGGUGAUGCAAACACAAGCCAAUGAUGAAUUAGAGUGUCUGCAUACAUUAAUGAAUAAAGGUGUGGUGUAAAUGAGGAUCCUGCAUGUAGGUAUAGUUACAUGAGGACUGAGUUUUGCUUUGUUUUUAAAUACAUACACUUUAUUAUUCA